AAGUUUGAUGUGCUUUAUGAAGACUUGAACAAGCUGAAAGGACUCAUGGCUACGGAACACGAAGACCACCAGCUUAGGGAGAUGUUUAUGAAGGAGUUUCCUCAGGUGAAACAGGAGCUCGAGAAGCGCAUAGGGAAGCUCUACGCGCUGGCAGACAAGGUCGACAAGGUGCACAGGGACUGUACCAUCACCAACAUGGUGGCCACUUCCACCAGUGCUGUUUCUGGUAUUCUGACCAUCGGUGGCCUGUUCCUGGCACCUCUGACAGCAGGGACCAGUCUGGUGCUUAUGGCAACCGGGGUAGGCCUGGGGGCAGCAGCAGCUGUCACCAGAGUGUCCUCCAGCAUCGUGGAACACAUAGAGAACCAAUCAGCAAAAGGUGAAGCCAGUAGCCUAAUGUCAACCAGCAUCAAUCAAUGGAACAUGGUCAUAGAGCAUGUACGUCAGAGAAAAUCUGAAAUAGAUGCCUUAACAGAGUCUUGCUAUAAAGCCCUGCAAGACAUUGUGAAGAACAUCAAGGCCUAUAAGCAGGCCAAAGUCAACCCUAACUUAGUAGCCAAGGCCAAGGUGUUCAUGACCACUGGGAAUAUCUCAAAUGAAAGCCGCAAGGAGCUGCAGGAAGCUUUUGGAGGCACAGUUCUGACAAGGACCAAAGAAACCAGGGUCUCUGAGGGAGCCUCUGUGGUUCUCACACUUCUGGUGGAUGUGAUCAACCUUGUUAAAGAGGCAAAUCACUUGCAUGAGGGGUCAAAGGCACAGUCGGCUGAAGAGCUGAGGCAGCAGGCCCAACAGCUGGAGAGUAAAUUAAAGGAAUUCAUGCACAUUCACAAGACUCUGCAGGAGGCAGAGCUGGAGCAGCUCAACAAGCAGUUCCGCACGGAGAUAGAGGAGCUCACGAGCUCCAAGGAUGACGUGGACAAGAGUGUCCACGAGCUGGAGAAGUCUAAGCGGGCCCUGGAGCAGCAGGUAGAAGAGAUGAAGACCCAGCUCGAGGAGCUGGAGGAUGAGCUGCAGGCCACGGAGGAUGCCAACCUGCGACUGGAGGGGAACCUGCAGGCCGUGAAGGCCCAGUUCGAGCAGGGCCUGCAGGGACGGGAUGAGCAGAGUGAGGAGAAGCAGCAGCAGCUGGUCAGGCAGGUCAAAGCCAGCCUGGAGCAGGCCAAGCCGGCCCUGGAGACUGAGCGAGGGGAGCUGGCCAGUGAGGUGAAGGUGCUGCUGCAGGGCAAAGCAGAUGCAGACCACAAGCUGAAGAGAGUGGAGGCCCAGCUCCAGGCGCUGCAGGCGCAGUUCAAGGAGGGAGGCUGCACGGAAGAGGCUGACUUCAUGGGAAACCCACAGGUUCUCAAGCUGCUAAAGCAGCCCCGGCUGCACAGAAGAGGGCAGCUGGCCGCUCACUCAGCACUGCAGGGCCAGAACGGGAAUGAGGUGGGCCGGCGUCGGCAGAGACGACAGCAGCCGCGCCUCACUGGUCAGGGAUCCCGGGGAUGUGGGGACGGGGAGGAGGAUGGCCUUCCUCUCACCUCAGGCUCAGAAUAA